AUGGCUUCGACUGGGGGAAUGUACAAGGAGUUUAUCCGGUGUAGGCAUUUUCGCGCUGCAGAGGUAGAACAUGUGAGAAGGCUGUCGCCGCUUGUAGCCGCAUGCGCGUGGACACAGGAGAUGGUGUUCGACACCUACCAUAUCUUCGACCCCUACGACGACGGCCGGACCGGUGUUGUGCGAACCGUUGCUGUCUCCCUCGCGGGCCGAUCCUCGUAUGCUACGCUGUUGCAAAGACCCUCGUCUCUCCAACAGUCACAGCUGAAGGCUGUUACGCUCAUGAAGAAGUACAACACUGACAACAAGGGUGGAAUCGACAUCCACGAGAUGAUUCUUGCUUCUUGGCUUCUCCCGGUCGUUCGCCUGUCAGAUGCUAAAGGCAUGUUCGGUGAAGACGGGGGCGAAGAUGCAUACCGCGUUUUUGUUCUGGGACCUUCGAAUCGUGUGCGUGCACGGCUGGCUUCUGUCGGCUCCGAGCUAAAAGUGGUGAAGCUGCGCGCAGAGGUGGCAUCGGCAAUUGUGGAUUACUUGACCCUGGUGGCCAGCAAGAACCUCACGAAGGUUGGCUGGGUGACAGGCCGUCUCGUCAGCGGCGAACUCCCACUGGAGUUCACCGCCGAUGUUUUCUAUGAGUUGUACAAAGCCAAGACGGAUUCCAACAACAUGUCGCCCAUCGAUGUGGGAUCUCUUAUCAUCAACUACACCUUGCACGAAAACCCGGCUCAGGUCAUUGCUGCAGUGGACCUGAUUGCUGACCCGGCCUUCUUCGCGGGAGAGGGCUUCGAUAUCACCAUCGCAGAUGAAACUGUUAGCCAGGUAGUCUCCUGGAUUGAGAUGUCCGACUGGGGCAAGGCCGCGCUGCUGAAGCUGGCGAAGGUGAAGCCCAGCAACGGCCAGACUUUUGCAGAGGCCUACGACGAGGAGGUGAAAGCACGCGAAGUGAAGUACUCGACAGCAAACGGCCUUGGCUCUCCGGAAGCCAACAGCUACCACACCCAAGCCGCGCAGACUCUGAGGAACGUUCUCCUGGGUGGCCCGGCUGCCUCUUCUGGAUCCAACGACCCAGAGGCUGCCCAGGCGUCUGGAAGUGCGCAGCCCGCCAAGCCGCAGACCUUGAAGUUCGCAGCGGAGCUGAGUGUGAACGUGUCGCAAUCCGUUAAGGACUUCAACGAGCAGUGCUACCAGUACUCGGGCUCCUCCUCCAACCCUCUGGAUUCGACGUGCAACAGCAUCAACGGGAUGAUCAAGAAGACUCAGAGCUUCUUGACACUGAUGAACAACUAUGCGGGCCCUGGUGGGCCGGAAUUUAUCGAGAAGCAGGCAGAUGACUUCAUCAACGGAAGCCUCCAAGACAUGGUGCUCCUCUCCGGGGAGCUCAUCGACGAAGGUAUUGCUUCCGUCCAGUGCUCCGCCGGCAAUGCUGCGGCGUGCAAACUUAUCAGAGACACAGACUACACCAUGCAUCUCAGCGGGGCAACUACCUUCCUCACGGACACGAUGAAGGACUUGCAGAGCAGUCUGCCGCAGGUGAUCAAGGCGUUGACGACGGCGAAGAAAGAGGUGUCGACCAUCAGUGGGGUGAUCAACUCCAUCUCGCAGAUGCUUGGACUCAAAGCACCGCCGCUCAUGGACCAGAUGGGCAUGAUCUACAAAAUCGUGUGGAUCGCAUACUUCGUCUUCUUCUUCCUCUUCAGCGCAACAAUGCUCUUUUAUGGAUUCUGGGCGAACGGAUGGUUUGGUGGCCCACAGGCAGAUCUUCCGGAGUCUGAGUACCAGCCGCCGCAGACCUUCGUGGAAAGAAUCCGAACAUGCUGUGGUAGCUGCCUCGCCUGCUGCCGAAGUUGCACCUCUGGCCACCUCUGCUUCUGGUCGAUGUUGCUGCUGGCGCAGGUGAUCGUCCUCCUAAUGUUCAUCAUCUCCCUCGUAAUUUGCCUGAUCACCGGCAUCCAGGCUUUCUUUGGGGCUGGAUGCUCGAAGAUCUACCUCAUCGGCGAUGCAGAGGUAUGCUCAGCCGUGCUUGGCAUCUUCAAGGUCUUCCUUAAGACCUUCGGAUUUGAGGAGCCUAUCGAAGAUACCUGCUUUCAGAAGAACCUUCUCACCUGCAAGAUUAUCCGUGACUCCGUCUUUCACACGGCAAUCUUCGUGAUUAUCGGAGCCUUGCUGGCAUCAGUUUUCUCAUUUCAGAUGCUGCUGGACUCUGCCAUCAAGCACGAGCGCGCGCGAUGUGCUAGAAUUUGGGAGGAGGAGGGCCUCGACAAGAAGAGCCGCUUGGUCCACCCCAGACUGCCGUCCCAACCAAAAUCCGGCUCAUGA